CAGAACGUGGCAUUUGACAUUUCACUUGACGUUUGUCAAAAGAGCGGCGUAUUUAGGUUAGAAAGUUAUUUCCAAUUUGGUGUUCUGUGGUUAUUUAUAAAAUUAUGGUUCACCCCGAGGAAGAAAUCCUACAAUCCUUUAUGGAUUUGGGUUUAAGUGAGCAAAAAGGAAAAGAAACUCUAAAAAAUGGACCUGUAACCAAAAAUUUGCUAAAUAUUAUUCAACAGGUACAAAAUUUUAAACUGCCUCAGGGUGCUGGUAUUCUUUUAUACCAUUUAGCAACUAAAAUUAAGCCUCAAAUCUUGCAUCAUCUACCACUAAUCGUUGACUACAUAAAAUCCAAUAAGCUGGAUUCUAUUGUUCGAGUCGAUAAAGCCAUAGAAUUUGCUUUAAAUAAUUUAACAGAAAUUAAAACUGUUGAUUUUGAUAAAUACUGUGGAGUUGGAAUUGUUGUCACCCCAGAAGAAAUUGAAGAAUGUGUUGAAAAACAUAUUGCAGAACAUAAAAAUGAACUUGUUGAAAUGCGGUAUAGGUACAAUACUGGACCACUUAUGCAAAAAGUCAGAACAGCUUUACCCUGGGCAGAUGGCAAAGCAGUCAAAAAUGAAGUUGAUGUUCAGGUUUUAGAUCUUUUGGGGCCAAAAACUGAAAAGGACUUGGUGAAAAGCGAUAAGAAAUCUGCUAGACCAACUAGAGUUGAAAGGCCCAAAAUUGUAUUGAAGAAAUCCAAUGAAGAAGAUGUUACCAACAACUCCUUAACCAUUCUGGAUGUAAUGAAGAAAGUAAACUUUCAUAAGCCUGGUGAAAAUUUUAAAACAGAUGGGUAUAUUGUCACAGAAAAUACUCAACAAUUGAUUCAAGAACAUCUAAAAUUAACUGGAGGAAAGGUAAGAACAAGAUUCCCUCCAGAACCCAAUGGCAUUCUGCACAUUGGACAUGCUAAAGCAAUCAAUAUAAACUUUGGAUAUGCAGCAGCUAAUGAUGGCAUUUGUUUCUUGAGAUAUGAUGAUACUAAUCCGGAAAAGGAAGAAGAGAAGUUCUUUACAGGAAUAAAGGACAUUGUUUCAUGGCUUGGGUAUAAACCACACAAAAUAACCCAUUCAUCUGACAACUUUGAACAGCUUUAUAAAUGGGCAGUUGAACUCAUAAAAAAUGGUGCUGCCUAUGUCUGUCAUCAAACUGCUGAUGAAAUGAAAGGAUUCAAUCCUCAACCUUCACCGUGGAGAGAACGUCCAAUUGAAGAAAGUCUUCAAUUAUUUGAAGACAUGAAAAACGGUAAAAUCGAUGAAGGUGCAGCAACUCUGAGAAUGAAGAUCACCCUGGAGGAGGGCAAACUGGACCCUGUGGCAUACCGUGUGCGUUUUACGCCCCAUCAUCGCACAGGGGACAAGUGGUGCAUCUAUCCUACCUAUGAUUACACUCACUGUUUGUGCGAUAGUAUCGAGAACAUCACUCAUUCUUUGUGUACCAAAGAAUUCCAGUCCAGACGUUCAAGUUACUAUUGGUUGUGUAAUGCUUUAAAUAUUUAUUGCCCAGUACAAUGGGAGUAUGGACGGUUAAAUGUAAACUAUACCGUUGUUUCUAAAAGGAAAAUUGCCAAACUUAUUGAUGAAGGAAUUGUUAAAGAUUGGGAUGAUCCAAGGCUGUUCACCCUAACCGCGCUUAGAAGACGUGGUUUCCCAGCGGAGGCAAUCAACAAUUUCUGCGCCCAGUUGGGUGUAACUGGCGCCCAGAGUACCGUCGACCCAUCCAUGUUGGAGGCUUAUGUAAGGGAUUACCUUAACAACACUGCACCCAGGAGAAUGGUUGUAAUGGAUCCUUUAAAAGUAACAAUCGAAAAUUUCCCAUCGGAUAAAUCUAUUAAAGUUGCUGUACCUAACUUCCCCAAUAAGCCUGAAAUGGGCUCUCAUGAAGUCGUCUUUUAUAAAACUAUUUACAUAGAAAGAGCUGACUUUACAGAAGUUGGUGAUAAAGGUUACAGAAGAUUGACCUCCACCCAGUCUGUAGGCCUUAGACAUGCUGGGUUCAUUUUGGAAACAGUAAAAGUUAUCAAAAACCCCCAAAACGAAGUUACCGAAAUUGUUUGCAAAUGUAUCGAAGUUGAUAAGGCUCCCGCCAAACCAAAAGCCUUCAUCCAUUGGAUAAGUGAACCCAUGAAAGUAACCAUAAGAUCAUAUGCACCACUGUUUAAGCACAAAAACCCUGAAGACACUAAUGAAGUCCCUGGAGGAUUUUUAACAGAUUGUAACAUGGAUUCAUUGACAAUAAUAAACGCUUUUGCUGAUGUUUCACUUAAAACUGCAAAAGUUUAUGAUAAGUUCCAGUUUGAGAGAAUUGGAUUUUUCUCUGUUGAUCCAGAUACUACUGCCAAUUCUCUUAUCAUAAAUCAAACGGUUGGACUUAAAGAAGAUGCCGGAAAAUAACUUAUUAUGUUGCUUUAAACAAUGUUAAGUAAAAUUUAUACAUUUUCAA